CACCCGCACUGUUGGAAGACCCUAGAGUCUCUAUAUGCCAAGCCAGGGCUAUGUUGUCGUCCUCUUUGGGCCCUACAAGGAUUCGUGAGCGCCAAUAUGUCCCUCGGACGCAUGAAAGAAGAUCCUCGAUGGCGCAGUCACAUAUCAACAACACCUUCAGAUUGUCCGAGGCUUCAAGAAGCCCCUCCGUGAAACAUGCAGUAUUCGGGAUGAGACACCACCACAAUCAUGUACAGACAGCGGAACUUCCUUCCGCCCAUGACCAAGCUCGUAUGGAAGCUAGAAGAAAGAGAUAAUCCCCUGACAUGAGAUACUUUGUGCCAGGCCCAGAC